UUCAGCCACUCCCUCGAAAAUCACAAAACGCAACCGCGCCAUUUUGCCCUUGUUUAUCAGAAACAAAACACGUCGAAUUCGAAGUCAGCUACUACCUCGAAAACCAAACCCUCGCCGGAAAACCCAGCCGUACUUAAGCUUCGUAAGAAAGAAGGCCGCCGGAAAACGUUACAAACUCCAGUAAAAGAGUGAAAUGGAACCACUACAGAAGAUUUCUGGAGGAGGAGCAGAAACACUUAAAAAUAUGCCUCCUGGUUCGUCGAUUUCUAUUGCAUAUCACCCCAAUUUUGGACCUCAUGAUGAUCUUAUUGUUCUAGAGCUCGAUGAGAAACUGAUCCCGGAUGUUUUGAAUGAAAGGAUGGUCUUAAGAGGACAGCCUGAUGAGGAUGUGGUUCUUUGUACUCAAACAAAAACAUAUGCUAUGAAAUUUGUUGGAACUUCCAACUCUGUUUUGCUUGUACCACCAGAAAAUCAAUCAGAAUCGUAUGAAAAUCAGCAGAAGAAUGACAUUAACAAUACUGAUGAGAAAGCGGUUGCACGUAUAAUAAAAGUCGUACCUGGUAGUUUGGAGCUUAUUGAGGUUUCCCCCAAACUUGAUAAACUCAAAUUGCUUCUUUCAGAAAACACUUACAAAUUUGACGAAAAUGACAUGGAAAUUUUAGAAGAUAAUCAGGAGUCAAGAGUGGGAUUAUAUAACUGGAAUGAUCUUAUAGACAAUAUUCAAGCUAGUGAUGGGGAAUUAAGAUUUGGUUUGCAGGCUCUUUCUGCUGUGGAGAUUAAUGGGUAUUGGAGAUUAGUUGAUGAGAGCUACAUGGACAUGAUUCUGGGAGUGCUUUUGAAAAAUUCAGUGUUGAAUGACUGGUCACUCAAUGCUCUAAAUGAAGAUGAAGUUGUGAAUAUGCUGGAAUCAGACGGAUUUCCGAUGGUUCUUGCAAGGCAUUGCUUGCAUGUAUAUGCCAAGCAAGUAAAAGAAAAUGAUUGCAUGGAAAGCUGUGUGUGGAAGUUGGAUGAGAAGCGGGUAUGCAUACACUUUGCAAGAGAAAUCCUGAAAGGGGGUAAGAGGAAGUUAGAGAGUUUUAUGGAAGAAUGGAGGAAGAAGACUCCAGACGAAAUGCAGCCAUCUUUUGAUCUUAUGGAAGGAGAGGUAUUGACAGAGAAACUUGGAGUUGAGACAUGGGUUCGUGCGUUCCGCGUCUCUUCUUUGCCUUCCACUCCAGCUGAACGAUUCUCCAUUCUUUUCAGAGAGCGUGCAAAAUGGGACUGGAAAGAUCUGCAGCCCUAUAUCAGGGAUCUGAAUGUACCAGGUCUUUCUGCAGAAGGUUUAUUACUCAAAUACACUCGAAAGACACAACCAUCACCUAAUCAAGAUCCAGUUUUCAGUGCAAGAUAGUAUGUGCUGAUAUAUUCUUCACAGUUCUUAUGGAUUUCCCUCGUUUUAUUUAAACUGACCGUAAGCAUAUUGCUGGCUUAUAAAAAUUUAGGACCAUCUUUUAUUUUUCCUGUUUUAAUUUAGACAUGUAAUAUCAAGAAUUGAUGUAGGCACUGCUUCAAAAUUUAGAACAAACUUAGCAGAAAGAAUCAUUUUAGAGUGAUAGUCGGUGUCUUUCUUUACUUUUUUGGAAAUUAUGAUUCACUUCUAAAAUGCAAAUCUAUCAAAAUACGGAGACUUAAAAAUGAAGUUUACAUAAUACUGUUAGGUAAAACUCUAUGUUUGUGACAGAACCUGAUUGCCCGGUUCUGGUAGUAAAUUAGUUACCUAUUGGAAUUGCAUUUCAUUUUUCUAAAUACUAACCAACAUAGAAGAAUUACUUUUACUUUUAGGGGAGCUGCUUAUGUAAAACUGUAAAAGAAAAACUACCAAAAACAAAACUCAACGAUUGUAUCAUAUGAAGAUUAUAAUUUACAGAAACUUCAACCCAUGGACAGAAGUAAUUCUACUAAACAAAUAUAAGAUUUGAAUCACAACAGAUAUUAUUUUCAAAUUUGAAAUAAAUUAAAUAUGAACUUAUCCUAAAACAAAUCAUAAUAUAUAGUUAUAGUAAUAAAUCAAAUCUAAACCAAAUCUAGUUCAAAUUUAAGCUAAUAUCAAUUCAAAUUUGGAUUAAAAGAAAGCAAUCUUAAAUGGUAGGGUAUGGGCAAAUAAAGAUAUGCAAAUAGAAUAUAACACAACAACAGGGUGUAGAGUGUCAUAUGGUAGGGUAUGGGUACUUGGAGAAAUUAUCAAUGGUGGGAUUAUGGGAGGCAAAGCACCCUGAGAAAAGCUCCAAGGACUAGGAAGCAGGGAGCCCUAACACAGAUUUUAGGUGCUUCAAUUUUCCUAAGGUUUAAGGUGCUCUUAGGCAAGUCCAAGUCCUCAACUUUUGUUCUUGUCGUCAAGGAAGUUGGAGAACACCUCCUAAACAGGGUUUAGGAUCUUGCCUUUUAUCUUAAUAUCUUCUUUCCCUUCUAAUGCCUUGAUAAUGUCUAUGUUGAACUGAGUUUGAAUGAAUUAAUCCCGUAAGUGUUACAUAGACUUCUUUGAGUGAGAUAUUUUGUUGGGACGUAUAGGGACUUAAACCUUCAAUUGAUUAGGACUCAAUGAAAUAAUUCUUGAGUUGUCAAACAACCUCUUGAUGGAUUUUAAGCAACAAAAAGAUAAAGGUUAUUGCAAAAAUUAAAGACAAUAGAAAGAAUAAGAGACUUGGAAUUAAGAUCAAAGAUGGAAAGGGGUAUAGUGCAAAAUUAAAACAAACUUGUAAAUGAAGAAUACAAGAAUGAAAGUGUAACUCUCUACUUGUUAUAUAUGUGUAUUAAAUGUGCUUAUAAGUGUGUAUUGGAUUACCUUAUAUUAUAUGAUUUGGUCAAUGUUUGUGUAGUUAGAUUCGUUAGUAAUCAAAUUAUGUGCAAUUCUGCAGUAGUUAAUUGAUUAAGCUCCAUAUACUAAUUGAUUAGGUAGUGGCUAACUAUAGAGUAUAGACCACUGUUAUGGUCUCACUCGGGUCUGGGAUAGCGUUGACACAGUCUUAGACGCGGUAGAACCUUUCCUUCUCA